AUGCAGCUAUGCCUAAUCUUCACUCUGUGCGUACUGCCUGUCUGCCUCAAGGCCGGCUUGAAUUGGCAAGUCAAGAGAGCCACAGGCGGAUCCGAGCCAAAACUGGUCAUCUACAGCCUAUUAUCCCAAUCGAAUUGCUCCCCCGAAUUUGAACUGUUUGAUUACAAGACAAGUAUAUCCAAUGCCGUUUGGUAUGUCUACAAUAAGACCCUCAGGAGCGAUCCCCAAUUCACGGUCAUGCUUGGAUUCGGUGAAGCACCAUACUGCACCAUUGAACAGGAAGAUCGAGCAGUAAAUCUGACCUCCGAGUUACUCCUUUUAAGUGAGCAGACUGAGAUGCUGGACGGUUUCGCGGUUUACCUGGGACCGCCAGAUGGUACGGACUGUAACAUUGUCAAUGACUGGAUAUCCCUCUCGAAACCGGGCUCGAGAGCAAGCUCAAGACUCUUUCAAAUUAACUACCUCUGCCGCCUGCAGGGUUUCACCUCAGUCUUUGUUCUGAAUGAUCUGGAUCCUGCUACACAGAAGCCCGUUGCAAGUGAAACGCUGGCAGCAGUGUCGCUCACGAUCGACCUCUCAACACUCAUCUCGACUGUGCGAGUUCUGCUGCAGACCGAAGGCUGGGAACACUUUGCCAUUGUGCAUGAGGUCAGUCAGAAGCAGAACAAGAAUGCAGCUGUGGCGCAGAGCAUGGCGCGUACGUUGACCACAGAGAAUGGGAACUUUGUGCUGACGGGUAAACGCAGCAUACAUCCUGGCAUGAAUUUAACCAAACUCAUGCAAAUGAUUCCCGAAAGCACAGACGUAAUUAUCCUUCUGACAAGACCACCCUUGGCGAUGCAGUUUAUGGAGCAGAACGCGAACGUUACGCGAAUUACCCAGGGACGCUUAGCCCUGCUUCACGUCGACUAUACUGAUAUGCUUACCUAUGACGUACUUCGUUUCUGGCGACAAAGUCUUCAGAAUUGUCAGCCACUGGGCGAGCCAAGUCGAAGUUUACUAAUUUUGACAGCGUUGCCGAGAGGAACAGUUUAUUCGGAAAAUUUAAACUUCUUCAAUGAGAAAACAAACAUGGCGGCAUCUGCGGGUGCCGGACUGGCUGUGCGUCUUAUGCAGUUAAAUAUAAAGAAUCACGGUGGACGAGUUGACCAGAAUGUGGGUCUUUUUCUUCCCCUGGUCACGAGUGAUGUCAACGUGCCGAUCAACAGCAAUAUCACCUUCCAGUUCCAACAGUACGACGUCAACAGCGUCCGCGGCAUGUACGACAUCUACAUCUUUUCGUUCAGCUUAGAGGCCAGCACUCCGGCAGCCGAUCUGACAAAUAUGACCUAUACUGAGCUCUUUACCCUGAAUGAUAUCAUCCUUUGGCCGAUAAUAGCCGUUCAACAAAUUCAAUCCAAAGUCUGGCCUGGCAGCGGAAGAGGACCACCGAAAACGGCCUGUUUACUAUACAAAUGUCAAGCUGGUAGGGGCUGUAUUCUAUGGGGUCUGGUAUUCUCUUGCAGUGAAUCAGACCUACAAAAUAUAGUGUGA